AUGUCUCCAAAAUUAAGAAAGAGAUUGUCACCCAGGGAUACUUCUGAAUCAAUUCAGAAUGCUUCUACCGCCAAAAAAAAGAAAAAGCUCGAAGAAAAUUCCCCCCGAAAAAUUGUUAAAGUUAAAGAUACUCACGAUAAGUCUCAUUCAUCAUCACCGAAAUUUAAAAAAGGAAAUGAAGAUAAAAAUAAAAGAAAAAGUUUGCCAAAAAAAGACGUCAAAGAAAAUAAAGAAGAAUCAAAAGAAGAAGGUGUCAAGGUAGAAGACACUAGCAAUAUGAAUGUUGCUCAGUUAUUGGCUUUAGGUGAAAAUUGCAGAAUGAUGGAGUUUGAAAAUUCGACAAUGUCAUCAGGAUCGGAAGACAGUGAUUUUGAAGAAGUUAAAUGCUCAGAAAUCAAACAACCUGAUAUACCUAAAGAAGGAGUUAACAUUACCGUUGAAAUGCCUAAUUUUAAAAGAAAAAGCAAAGGUUUUGAUGCUGAAGCAGUUAUAAAAAGAGAAAUGAAUAGAGUUAAAAAGGGCCUUCAGUUGCUAAUGCACAAAGUUCAUGUUUUGUGCUGGAUAGCUCAUGUUAAAUUUGUUAAUAAUGUUUUAAAUUCUUCCUCUUUGAUGGAAUCUUGCAUUGUUUUAAUUAAAUCAAAAAAUUUGUAUCCUCCCAAGCAUGCAGAUUUAAGUUACUUAGAAGGUAUUUUAAAGUGGUUUCAUAAAACAUUUAGUAUAAAUGCAGCACAAAGUGAACCUGUCAGUGAUGAUAAAAGCAGCCUAUUGGAAACUUUAAUGUGUCAAAUUAAACAAAAAGAAACAAAUUCUUUUAAAAACUUUGUAUUAAUAUUUAUUAUUUUUCUUAGAAUCUUAGGGCUUAAAGUAAGAAUUGUUAUGUCAUUUCAAGUGCUUCCAAUCAGGCCACCUGCAAGUGAUUUAUUCGAUUGUAAAACUGGUAGGCCGAGUACAGAAAAAAGUAAAUCAUCUGAGGUUACUGAUAAAUCUGAUAAAUCUGAUGCAAGUAAAUCGGAUACGAAUAAAACAGUAAUGGAAACUGAUAAAAAAAAUAGCAAGUCAAGUGAUUCAUCGAAAGUAAAAAAUUUAAAAAAAAUUGAAAAUACAACAAAGACAAAUGCUCCAGAAGAAAAAAAAAUGAAGAAUUCAUCUAAAAAAUCUCAAAACAAUACCACCAGCAAACGUUCGAAAACAGGAAAAAAUAAAAAAACGACAGACAGCGAAGAAAAAUUUGAAAUUUCUUCCGAUGAUGAUGAAAAUGUUUUUAAAUCGCUUAAAAAAAAUAACAAAAAAAAAUUAAAUAAACCAUCAACUUCUUCAAAUGAGGAAACUCAAAAUGUAAAAAAAAAAGAAGACAACAAUGUGUGGGCAGAAGUUUUUGUAGAAGAUGAAGAAAAAUGGAUAAGUGUCGAUGUGCCCAGACAAAAAAUUCAUUGCAUAAAUGAACUAUAUAGUAGAGCAACUCAUCCGAUCACUUAUAUUAUAGCUUGUAAUAACGAUUCAACCUUAAAAGAUGUUACAAAAAGAUAUGUACCUCAUUGGCAUUCUGAUACUAGAAAAAAAAGAGUAGAUGAUGAAUGGUGGAAUGAUACGAUGAAACCUUAUUUACCUCCUAAAACAGCUCAGGAUAAAGAAGAAGAUGAAGAUAUAAUGCGUCAACUUCACGAUCAACCUUUACCCUGUUCAAUUUCAGAAUUUAAAAACCAUCCGUUGUAUGCAUUAAAAAGACAUUUGUUAAAAUUCGAAGCCAUUUAUCCUCCGGAUGCUCCGACGUUAGGAUUCGUACGUGGGGAGGCUGUCUAUGCUAGAGAAUGCGUUUUUACUUUACACUCGAGAGAAAUGUGGUAUAAGGAAGCUCGAUUGGUUCGUGUAAACGAAGAACCUUAUAAAAUUGUUAAAGCUCGACCAAAAUACGACAAAAUGACUGGCGAGAUCAAAACAGAUUUACCCUUGGAAUUAUUCGGUCGAUGGCAAACAGAAGAUUACAUUCCUCCGAUUGCAGUAGAUGGUAAAGUUCCAAGGAACGAAUACGGAAAUGUUGAUUUAUUCAAACCGUGCAUGUUGCCUAUCGGAACCGUUCAUCUUCAAAUUCCGGCACUGAAUAAAGUCGCUAGAAAACUUGGAAUCGAUUGCGUUCCUGCCACCGUAGGAUUUGAAUAUCAUUCAGGAGGUUCACAUCCCGUUUUUGACGGUUUCGUAGUUUGUAAAGAAUUUAAAGAUGUUUUACUGGACACUUGGAAUAAGGAAAUCGACGAGUCGACGAAAAGAAAUAUAGAAAAGAGGGAAAAAAUUAUUUACGGUAAUUGGAGACGUUUGAUAAGGGGUUUGCUGAUAAGAGAAAGAUUAAAAAUAAAAUAUUCAUUCGGUGAAAAUUCAAAUGAUUUAAAUACCACGUGCGAGAACCGUGGAAAAUGA